UUUUUUUUCCCGUUCAGUCAUCUCCUUCACACGCCAAGGUUUUUUCUUCAAAAGAAAAAAGAAAAUAAUAAUAAAGAAAAGUUCUGCUCAAGCCCUAAAUUCGAUCGAGCAAUACUCCGGCGAUUGUUAUUUUCGAUACAUCUAUUGAUUUGAAUACCGAGGCGGCGAGGAUUGGCGGCUCGAUGAAUCGCCGUCGAUUUACAUCGAGGGUUCCCCUUUUGUUGAUUUAUGCAAGCACGAUUCUAAUCAUCUAUUCCCCAGCAUUGAUAUCAGCAGCAGUUGUCACACUUGAUUCCAUCGAGAUCUUCAAAACUCAUGAAUGGAUUCCGACUAAACCCAAAGUAUACUUUCAAUGUAAAGGGGAGAGAGAGAUAAUUCUACCAGAUGUUAAAAACAAGCAUGUAUUGUAUUCCUUCAGGGGUGAAGAAUCGUGGCAGCCCCUAACAGAACUUCCUGAUACGAAAUGCAAACGUUGUGGACUCUAUGAGGAGGAUGCCGUUAGACCAAAUUAUGUAUUUGAUGAAUGGGAACUUUGUCCAUCUGAUUUCACACGGUCCGAUGGCAAGUAUAUUCAUGUUAGGGAGAAAGAGUUCAAUGCCACAUUUUUAUGUAAAGAAUGUGUUGCUCGGGAAAAAGCUUCAUCUUCAUCCUCGCAUUCGGAUAAGGAUAAAGCUAAUUCCACUAACGCCAAGCAAGAGGAUUCAAGCAAAACGCUACCUUGGCCUUGGAUUGUAGCUAUCAGUUGCGCAUUCCUGAUCCUGUUUACAGGUGGCCUUGUAGCUGGUUGCAAGUGGUGGCAGAGACGAAAGAGGAUGCAACAACAGGCUCAGUUCCUCAAACUUUUCGAAGAUGCUGAUGAUAUCGAGGAUGAAUUGGGUAUAGGCCCUCUCAGCCAUACAGUUUGAGUCACACAUCUGGAUCUUCUCACUCUUUGUCUGUACACUAUGGAUAGCUGCAACAGGACGAGCUCUAUUGUAUAGGUGUGUAUACUCAUGUUCAUACACAAACAAAACAUUGCACAAUCAUGCCCACAUUUGAGGUUUGAGGUAGUUCAGGCCUUUGCUGUGUGCAUUUCUUUUGUUUUAGGACCUGACAAAGACGGCAUCAUCAAUAUGCACGCGACGUGUACCAUAAAUAAAACACGAGAUGAGAUAUUAUUUACCAGGAAAUAGUGAACUGUCUAUGUAAAGAUGAAGAAACAAAAACCCAGCAAGAAAAAUGAUCCCUUUUUAUUGCAUCA